AUGCAGAGCAACCCGGUUCUAGGCCAAGGCAUCGAGCAGGGUUUUAUUAAGAUACUCCACUCCAUUGUUAAUGCAGCUAAAUUCAGUCAGCUUACGGAUAAGCAUGCAUAUAUGAUCUUAGUGCUUCAAUAGAAUUGAAGAAGGGGAUAAAGGCAAGAAGCAAGUAGAAGGGGAGAAUAUAUAUCUCUACACAUAGCAGCCACACAGAGGUAGAAGGGAGGAUAUUACAAAG